AGAGGUUUUUAUGAAAAGCAGAACCCGUUACCUGCUCUUGCAAAUGGGAUUUUGGAGUAACGUCGAAGCAGAUCCUAAAAUAAUUGUGUUUGACUUGAACAAACUUCUCGCAAAGUCUCCAAGGAUGAGAUUCCAUGCCAAAUCGAUGGUCCCGUCUCACUGGCUCUUUCUGGCGUACGUGCUAAUGGUUUGCUGCAAAUUAUUGUCUGCCUCCGGCCCUCAGUCCCGAGGGCAAACAGGGCAUUACCAGGUCAAACAAGGAACGUGCGAGGUUGUCGCAGUUCACCGAUGUUGUAAUAAAAACAGAAUCGAAGAAAGGUCCCAAACCGUGAAGUGCUCCUGCUUCCCUGGACAGGUCGCAGGUACCACAAGGGCUCAGCCUUCUUGUGUAGAAGCAUCGAUUGUAGUUCAUAAAUGGUGGUGUCAAAUGAACCCUUGUAUGGAGGGGGAAGAUUGCAAGGUUUUACCGGACCUCACGGGCUGGUCCUGCAGCAGUGGAAACAAAAUUAAAACUACAAAGGUAACGCGGUAGCGAAGAAAGGACUCCUCUCCGCUGAUGAUAUAUGCACUCCUUCUUUUUUGGGGGGAUUGUUACACUCAAUUCAUCAAGACUUUCCUUCUAGAAUGUAUUUGAAAUAAAAAAGCAGAAGAAUCUCCAUAUUUCAUCCAGUUUUUUCCAAUUCAGGACUCCAAGGAACAUCAAGGACUAGGAUGAACUCCAAAGAGUUAAAAAAAGACAAUAAGAUAAAGUUUAUUGGAUCAAAAAAUCAUAAAAUAUAACCCAAAUACCAGGAAGACUUAACAGCAAGAACCCAGGUUACCAACAUGGGUCAAAAUGGGUCAUCAGUUGGCUUUUUGAAACCCGAAGGUCAACUAGGGUUCCGGGCAUCUCUUUUUUUGGUGACAACGAAGCCCUUUGGAGAACAAAUUUGUAAAAUAAUAAUAAUAUUGCAAUACUGCAGUGGGACAUUUUUUACAAAAUCAAAUUAUCUUUAAUUAAACUGUUUUUGUGUGUGACCUUUGUGAAAAAUAUGUAAGUAUGAACCAACAUUUUGGGUAGUUUUAACUUUUUUUUUUGUUCUGUUUAGAAAUUCCAGUUUUGAUCUUAAGCCCAAUUAGAGGGAUUUUCUACUAUAUCUCCCGUUCCAUCAGAUUGAAUGUCCCUCAACUGAUUUCAAAGACAAUGUACUUUUUAUGUUGCCCUUAAGAAAACUGUAUAGGUCAAAGACAAAAAAAAAGACAAAAAAAUAUUAAUUACCGUUAGAAGGAUUCUAUUUCGGAACUAUUUUUCAUGGGUAGAUUUCAACGACAGCUAAUGAUAUUUGAAAUAUUCUAAAAGAGAACUAGAAAAAAGGUACAAUAAAAUGUAUAAUAAAAGUCACAAAGAGAUCUAU